AGAAUGAAAAUGUUACUCUCCUAGCCAGUAGCUGAACUCAACGUAGAUGAUGGCCCUUCUUUCUCUAGCAAGAAGACUCCGAAGGAUUCACUCUCAUACCCUAUUUCCAUUUCUUGUUCAGCAUCCUACCACUGUUACCUCGCCUUUUCUUUCUUCUUCAACCCAACAAUUUCUCUCAUUGGCAUUUCAUCGAACAUUCUUUAUAUCCUCUCAAAACCCGCUUUUCACCUCUAAUUUCUCCACGCACCAAUCCCUUUCAAGCCAAACUCAAACCUACCCAUUUGAGAUCACUCCGCCAGCAAUCCUUGACUCAGAUCCACAAGUUCCAGCUCUCCUCCAUUUGCUUAAACGGCUUGACCAUUUUAGCUCUGAACCUGAGACCAUGGCUUCUCUUAACGAGUCUGGUAUCAAGGCAACUCUGGGCUUGGUGUCUUCAGCGAUUUGGACAUUGAGGGAAGAGUGGAGACUAGCCUUUUUGGCUUUUAAAUGGGGUGAAAACUGGGGAUGUAGCGGUCAAAGUACCUACGAGUUGAUGAUCUGGGUGUUGGGAAAUCACAGGAAGUUUAACAUGGCUUGGUGUUUGAUUCGAGACAUAUAUCGUUCUUCGAUGGAUACAAGACGGGCAAUGUUUAUAAUGAUUGAUCGAUACGCAGCCACAGGUGAUCCAUGCAAAGCUAUUCAAACUUUCCAUACAAUGGAGAAGUUCAGAAUGACUCCGGACGAAGAAGCAUUCAGUACCCUCCUAAAGGUUCUAUGUAGAUAUGGCAAUGUUGAAGAGGCUGAAGAGAUAAUGCUUGUAAAUAAGAAGCUCUUCCCGCUGAAUGCUGAUGGCUUCAACAUUAUUCUCAAUGGUUGGUGUAAAGUUUUGGUUGAUGUAGUUGAAGCAAAGAGAGUUUGGAGAGAAAUGUCGAACUAUUGCGUUAUACCAAAUGCAACCUCUUAUACUCGUAUGAUUUCUUGUUUCUCAAAAGUUGGAAAUCUCUUUGACUCACUGCGACUCUAUGAUGAAAUGAAGAAAAGAGGCUUGGAUCCAUGCAUUGAGGUCUACAAUUCACUGGUGUAUGUCCUAGCUUGUGAAAAUUGCCUAAAUGAAGCUUAUAACAUCCUCAAGAAAAUGAAAAAAUCUGGGUUGCAGCCAAAUUCUGCCACUUACAACGCAAUUAUACGUCCUCUUUGUGAAGCAGAGAAGGUUGAGGAGGCAAGAAAUAUUUUGUUCACCAUGAAAGAAGAGGAUCUUAACCCAACCAUGGAAACCUACCAUGCAUUUCUUCAUGGUGUUGAUUUUGAAGGAACUUUAGAAAUUCUUAACCAUAUGAAGGCUGCUGGUUUAGGUCCUGUUGGUGAUACCUUUCUCUUUAUUCUCAGUAAGGUUUUCAAAGUGGAGCAACCUGAGCAUGCACUGAAGAUUUGGGCAGAAAUGAAGCAUUUUGAAGUAAUCCCUGAUUCAAGUCAUUAUAUAAUGUUAGUGGAAGGGCUAGCAAAAUCUGGAUGGUUAGUUAAAGCCAGGGAAUACUAUGAUGAGAUGAGAUCCUGUGGAUUUUCGGACGAACCCAAGCUCAAGGAGCUAUUGGAGGAACCAAAGCAACACAGUGGCCAUGUGAGGCAGAGAGGUCCUACAGAGAUUAAGAGAAAUAAACAAUUAAAUGCAUGGAAAGGAAAGAAACUAGGAUAAAAGAAAAAGGUCAAUGCUAAUAAGAGAUGAAGACAUCAGGAAAUGGUUCUAUCUUAAAGUCUGUAUGCAUAAAGCUGAAAAUUCUUCCCUUCUUUUACUAUCUUUUAAAAUUGAAGGUUGUCCAUUUGGGGACACUGACUACUCCCUCCAUGAGGGAUGCUGGACCUGGGGCUAUACUUUGGAUGUACGGUGGGAGAAUUGACAUUGGUAGAUGUGUGAUUCGGCUCGAGGAUGCAAUCUCUUCUAUUGAUGAUAUGGGAAGAUCUUUAAUCCAUUACAAGCUCAACCAAAUCUUGGUGAAGCCUAAAAGAAAAGAGUUCCAAGACUGACAUCAUGGGCAGCUAAAAACAGCAUCAUAGAAGGUGAAAACCCUAGGCACUCACAUAAUUUGUAUUGAUCUGUCCACUUUUACGAUUGGCUUUAAUACAUGAUAACCGCUGUAUGCUUCAGAAACAAACGAUGAAAACCAAGGUGGUCAGGUUGUUCCAAGUUAUUUGAUGCGUUUGAGUUUCAUCCUGAUAUUUAUGGA